CUUCAGGGCUACCAAAACUGCGCAACCAGCAGCGAUACUGUGAUAGGAAGUUGUAUGCUCUUCGGAAAAAUGAUGAUCACUAUUAUCAUCUACAUCCUGAACACAAGCACCUGGCUCUGACGAACUGGGUUUACGUCCAUAUGUACAGACAUAUCUCAUGAAAUAAUACCUUACAGUUGGGUCACCAUUGUUCUCUUUACAUACUGAUAUAACGUACUUAGAAAACGUAUAGUACAAAAAUAAUUAUUAACCACUGAAGUCAUAUUACCUUUUGUACUUCUUUCAAAUAGUUCUCAAAAUUGUCCCAACUUGUAAGUCGAGGAGAUAACAUCUGUUGUCUCGUCGUAUUAUAUAAUAUCAUUGAAAAUUCAUCCUAUAACAUGCAUCAUCAAGAUGACAUCGUCUUCGUUACUUGAAGGAUGGACGUUAUCAUAUAUGGUGCGGCCGAGCUCAAUUCAAAUCUAAAAAUGUAUUGAUUUGACCACUCCUGAAAGUUCCACGAAUUGUCGAUGUGACGCACCAGUCAUCUCACGACAGUUUGACCUUCAAGUGCUCGCACCCUCCAUCAGUAGACGAUACACCUGAAGCGCUGCCAAUCUCAUGCUUCUGUUAUUUCUCGUUUUCGAUUGCUUUUAUUCUACGAUGCUGAAAUGAUCUCGUUGAUCUUUCACUGAUAACCGAAAGCAUCUACCUUUCCUCAGUCAUUUGAAUAUUUAUUCGAAUACGUAGUCCGUCUUCACCUUGCUGUCAAUCAACCAUAAUAACAAGUCUGGCCAUAAUCAUAUUAAGAUUGGACCACUGUAGUAUAUCUGUCUGUUCCGAUCAACUACUCUAUUCUUAGUUGCUUCAGUUGUAAUAUACACACCCAUUUCCUUUCAAACACGGGGUUUGUGGAUUAGUUACUGAAUCCAUGCGAAGUUUCUAGGACUGUCAAAGACUCUUUCACUGUCUUAGCAUACAAGGUACUUUCAGGUUAGACGGAAACGUACCCAAAACUGAACACCACAAUUAUUUCAUCUGGAUUUGCUUACGCACUGUCCUUCGCUCUAUACAUCGGAUCUUUUUUCCGGUUUGCACAUGUAAUUGGUCUCUCAUUUAGCUUUUAGGAGUUUGACAUCUGACCAUCUCUUCAUAUCGUCCUGACGAAUUUUCGUUUAUACUGCACGAAAUUGAAAUAACUUUGGCGUUGAAUUGUGUUAUUUUGAGGAUGCAAUUAGAUUACAAAGGUUGUUGUAACUUUUUGGAUACCAGAAGGUUAAACAUCAUAAAUGAAGUCAACAAUGUAAUUAUUAUUCAGAUGCUCUAUCCUUUUUAGAUUUCUUUGAAAGGAAACAGCUUCUCUAGUGCUUUCAAGUCAUAUUUCCAAAGUCAAACUAUUCCAAAUGAGGUUUUGUGGUCACUAGAAUGUUAUAACGAUGUCUACUGCGGUAUAUAUAAUUCUUCUGGGGACCUGUUCUUCACUGCUUCGCAAGAUGGGUUUAUUCGAGUAUUUGAUUCUUCUGGACAUUAUUUUCGUUACAUGAAUGAGAUUAAUGUUCCUGAAUAUACCUGGAGUAUUGUGUCACUCUCUUUAAGCAAUUUGGGGGAUACCCUUGUUUUCUGCAGUUUGUCUCCUAUUCUGUAUUUCACCAGUCUAACCGAUGUGCGUGAUGAGGAGCUAAAUCUCAAACAUGCCGAACUUCAACCUGGUGUAAGAAAUAUAACGAAGACUUUUAGUGUUGAUUUUCUUGGCGGGAGUAGUAAUCAAGUGGUUAGUGGACAUAACAAAGGUAUGGUUUAUGUGACGGAUCUGCAGACAAACAAGUAUGAAUCAUUCGCUGUAAAUCCACGAUCAAAAGCUGAUGUAAAUGCUGUUACUACACUGGAUCGAUCAAGUAAUCUUAUCCUUGCGGGUAGUGAUGAUACAAAUGUUAGACUUUUUGAUAUUCGUGCAUUGAACAAAGGGUGUCAAAGUUUAUUUUCUGGACAUGUGGACGGUAUCACAUAUUUGGAUUCAAAGGGUGAUGAUGUGUACUUUUUGUCAAACAGUAAAGAUCAAACGGUUAAACUAUGGGAUACAAGAAAGUGUCGUGAAUCGGGGAAAGAAACUCGAAUGACUCCUCGUUCUACUUGGGACUAUCGAAUUCAUCCGAUUCCACGUGGAUAUCCCAUACCUUCUAAACAAAAUUCUUCUAAACCUAUUCGAGGUGAUAACUCUGUGCUUACACUUUCUGGACAUAAAGUUCGCAACACGUUAAUUCGAGCACGUUUUUCGCCUGCAUUUAAUACUGAACAAAGAUUUGCUUACUCUGGAAGUGCUUAUGGUAAUUGGUAUAUAUGGGAUUUGUAUUCCGGAAAAGUUGUUAAGCAUUAUUCGUGUGAUGGGCAUACAAUACGAGAUAUAAAUUGGCAUCCAUAUGAACAGCAAAUAGUUACCUGUGGUACAACGGGUGAUAUAAGUUGUUGGGUAUAUAAUCGGAAUAAAAUGACACGUUCCAAGAAAAAGUCUCAGAAAAAACAAGAAAGCAAACAUUUAAAUUCUUCUCUACCAAUCGUAGAAGCUGAUGACGAAACAUUUCAUGAACUACGUAAAUUAGCUAAAGCUGGUUUAAAAUAUCGGGUAAAAGGAAUUUUUGAACGCCACAAGUCAUCAAUAUUAUCCCGCUUUAUUGGAUCUAGCGAUUCAGAAGAUGAAGAUUUUAUUACUGAUUAUGAAUCAGAUGAAAGUUCCAUUUUUCCAUUUGAUCAUUACUAUUCCUUUAUUGAUGGCAUAUAUUUUGAUGAAUACUAUGAAGAUAUUGAUUCAGACUUUUAUCCACCAUCUGAUGAUGAAUUUCUUUUCGAUACACAAUCAUAUAUACCUCCAUUAACACGCAAUCAACAGAGACAUUUAAAUCCCGAUGAAGAAUUAACUACUGAAUCUAUUAAUAAUGGAUCCACAGCCAGGAAUUCUCAAAGACCUAGCACUAGACCAAAUAAUCGCCAAACAAGAUCAGCAACUCAGAGACAAACCCAACAAAUUACUCCACAAAGGAGUAUUCGUCGUUCAUCCAGGAGACGUACACGAGGAAGGUCUAGGAACUAGAAACAUUAUUCAUAUUAUCAGUAGAGAUUAUUCAUGCGAAUUUUUCAUAUUUUAUUUGUUUCAAUAAAAGAACAUAUUUAUGUUUCGA